UACUUAGACGAGGAAAUAACAGAUUGUCUUCCGGUUGUAAGUGCACAUUUUGCCGGUCUAAAACGAAAAGGCCACGAUUCUUUGUCGACUGUUGAGACACGAAAGACAAAAUGAGCAAAGCACACCCUCCUGAGCUGAAAAAGUUCAUGGACAAGAAACUUUCACUUAAGUUAAAUGGAGGCAGACAUGUGCAAGGCAUCCUUCGGGGGUUUGACCCCUUUAUGAACCUGGUGGUGGAUGACUGUCUGGAAAUGGGACCGGGAGGACAACAGCAUACCAUUGGCAUGGUGGUCAUUCGAGGUAACAGCAUCAUCAUGUUGGAAGCCCUGGAGAGAGUAUGAGAUUGGCUGCAGGGCGCCCCUUUUUUUCUUUUUUACACGUUUAACUGAAGUCUUUGAAUUGUGUAAAAUGUCCAUCGUUUUAUGGUUUUGUGAAUAAAUAAUUUUCUUUGUUGUC